AUGGCGAAUUCGGAAACCGUCAACGGCGAGAUGGAGACGACGGAGGAGUUGAACGACACCGGCGAAGGCAAAAUAUCCGAGCUGCUUAAUAAAAUCGAAGCGCUUAAGAGCGAGAAGCUGAAAUUGACCCACGAAAACAAAAGAAUGAAGGAGAAGAUGAAUAAACUGAAUCAAGAAGUGGAUCAUCUGCACGGCAGGGAAGAAGAGAUGAGACAGGACAUAAACGACUGGGAUGAAGAUACGAGUUUCCUGGAAUCGAUCGCGACGAGAUCGGCCGACCUCGAGAUCGAAGUCACGAGGCUCCAACACGAUCUCAUAACGUCGAUGCGCGAAGUAGGAGAGGCGAAGCAGGAGGUGAUCGAGUUGAAGAACGGAUUGAAGGAGAAAGCGUCGGUGAUCGAAAGAUUGCGCUCCGAAAUCGCCGAUCUGAUAAAGGAUAAAGUGAAGGCCGAGAAGAGAGGGAGAGAACUGGAGAUGAAGAUAGAGCUUCUAGAAGCGAGGGUAAAGGAGGAGAGGGGAAAGAAAACUCGGCUCCAAGAUGAAAUGGAGGAGAGGAUCAAUGAAUUAAAGAAGAAAAUCGAGGACCUUGAAGACGAGGUGGCUAAAACCAACGAUGAGUUGAAAAGAAGCAAGCAAGUGAAACGACAAUGCGAGGAGAAGGUGUUGGGGUUGGAGAAAAAAAUGUUGGCAUUCAAAGAUACGGUGGACAAGAAGACAAUCGAAGCUGCUCUCCGUGGAAAGGUUAAGGAUAUUGGUUGUGAAGACAAAGGGUUGAAUGUGCCGAUCGUGGCGGCCGGAAUGGUUGCUGCCGUUUUUGUGGUGGCGGUUGUGGUAGAUCGUUGCCUUAGGAAGCAUUCCUAA